AAAGUGUGUCUCCUGUCAGCCACUCAAAGUGAAAUUAGGUUAAAACGGAUAAACUAAUGUGCACUAUUUCAAGUAUUAUUUUUAAACUAUUGUCUUUUCUUAUGUUACGUGCGACCGUUUACCAUGGAAACCAUUAAAAUAGCGAAUAUAACGCGUCUAUCUUUUUUCGGUUUAUAUUAACCGCCAACAAAAAUUGCGUAUACAUGUGGUUCAGCUGUAUUUUUUUAACGGUAACCGUCUGUUUUUGAUAUCUUUGAAGAGUAAGCAGAUUGUUUUCUUGCGGUUUGUGUGAAAUAAUAGCAAACUCGACCCGAGCUGUUGCCACAUCAGCUGACACAGGAGCAACAUUGCACAACUUCUCUUGAACAAAGAACAGGGGAUUAGACCACCAAGAGGUAAUAAUAAUGUGGCUGUGGCGUGCUUUCUACCACUGGGUGACAGCAACACACUAUAAAUGACACGACGAAGGAGCACGUUAAAGAAGUUAAAGGUUCAAAAGGAAGAUGCUGCUGAUGGUGGUGUCCCUGCUCUGCUGUGUCCCAGCAGCCACAGCCUGUCUGCAGUGUGACCGCAGGAUCAGGCUCCUACAUGAGGACUUAGUCCUUUCUGCUCCCACUCUGAAUGACCAGAUUGAAAUGAAAAAGAUUUAUGACCACGCAUAUGUGACCUAUAGAGAGACCAGCAGGGAACGAAAGGGAGUCAUUGAUCCCACCACUUUGUACAGAGCCAGAACUGAGUACCAGAGUGAAUUUGACCGCUUUCUGAAAACCAUGCACACCGGAUCUGCAACAUUUGAAGCCAUUCAGAUCAUGGAGAAGGGCAGGAAGAUCUUAGAGAAACACUUGGACACCUUCAUCCGUGAUGGAUUGUGCCCCAACAAGUGCGGGCUUCUGAAUCGAAGAGUGAUGGACUGCUUCUCUUGCCGCUACAAGAUAUACAUGUGUCCCUCUCCCUCUGGCCAGCAGGACUGUGGUGAGUACCCAGUGCAGGCCGAGGAGGGAGGCCAGGCAGUGUUGAACUGUUUUCUUCCAUGGCAUCGUCUACUGUUGGGAAAACCAGAGUACCACUACUCCUGGGCCCCAGGAGUUCCGGGAACUAAAAAGCUGGAUGAGAGUCAUUUCAAAUCCUUGGUGGUGACAGAGGACUCAUCUGUGGUCUUAAAUCAGCUGCAUGUGGACGAACAAGGAACAUAUCGCUGCUCUCUGCAAGGCCAAAAUGGAGCAGUCUUCUACCGAGCCACUUUCCUGCUAACUGCCAUGACUUCAAGCAACGAGCCUUUGGAAAUUACUGGCAAUGAGCUGGUUCACAUACUCAGGACCCCCAUUGACCAGUACACCUCUGCUGGGUGCGUGGUGCUGGACUGCAGACCUUUCCUCGAUUUUUCUUUGACUCACAUUUGCGAGUCCCGAAACGUGAACUGGAACUCCAUGCUGCGCCGGAGAUCCAAGAGCUCUGUGGUGGCUCUGGAGUGGCUCAUCCCGGACAAGGCUCUCCUAGGUCGGCUGCGGCGCGGAGAGUUCUCCCCAGUGGUGGUGGUGGACGAGAGCAGCCGCUCCCUGGCCGAGCUGAAGGCAGAGAGCGUGGUCCAGAUGUUGCUCACCGCCCUGCAGAACGAAGUCCAGACGCAGAUCUGCUUUCUACAAGGUGGAUUUGAAGGAUUUUCAGAGGCCUAUCCAGAUCUCUGUUACAACUCUGCCAGCAGCCACCUCUCUACAGUGGAACCAGAGCCAACAGUGACGGGUCGGAGGACACCAGCAUAUGAUCAGGAUGGUCCAGUGGAGCUGCUGCCCUUCCUGUUUUUGGGCAGCGCCAUCCACUCCUCCCGCAGAGAGACCCUCGCAGCAGCGGGCAUCACAGCUGUGCUCAACGUUUCCUCCACUUGCCCCAACUUCUACGAGGGGGAGUUUGAGUACCUGCGGCUCACCGUGGAGGACAGUCUGGCUGCCGACAUCAGAGCCUGCUUCUCCACAGCCAUCGCCUUCAUCGACUCGGUGAAGCAGAGUGGUGGUCGAGUGCUAGUGCACUGCCAGGCAGGUAUCUCCCGCUCCGCCACCAUCUGCCUGGCCUACCUCAUGCACACACAGCGCGUCCGUCUGGACGAAGCCUUCGACUUUGUGAAGCAGCGGCGUCAUGUCAUCUCCCCCAACCUGGCCUUCAUGGGACAGCUGCUGCAGUUUGAGACCGACGUCCUCUGCCAAGGAUGAACACACCGAUGCGUCAAGAGGAAGGAAAUUGACAUGACUGAUCUUUUUUUGUUAAAUCUCCUGCCUCCUGUUGGGGUUGUGCUGGACUUAGAGCAUUAUCAAGACUCAAAAUACAUGUACAAAUAUACGGUUUGUACUAUUGAAACUAGUACACAACAGAAGUAAACACUUUGUGCAUUCAGACAAAAGCCACUUGUGUUGCUGGCAUCACAUGGCUUGGAUUCCCACUUUCAGUAGAAACUGACAAAUGGGAUCCUAAUGCAACAAACAGCAGCUGGCAAAAUAAACCCUACUGUAAUAAUAAUACAAUUGCAAUUCUGAGCCAGCUAUUUGGUGCAGCUAUGAGGUAAUUUCCCUGCCGUUUUUACUCCCAGGGAAUUGUGCCUGCUUGUCUGGUUUUGUGUGUGUUUGUGUGUAACUUUGUUUGACUUACGUGCCUGAUUAUUUGCAAGGGCUGUUUCUUUCUUUUUUUUCAUACUGAAAGUCAUUCCAUCACAGUCACUAUCACUGUGACAUUUUUAUGAGACCACACUGUGUUAACUACGAACAGCAAUACUGGAUGAAUCUCAAGCUUUUAUUGUCUAAUUUAUAAAAAUGCACUAACCAGAGUUGGUGUCUAGUCAUAAAUCUAAUCCUGAGAUAGAUUACACUUAGUACACUCAAACUGGAAGAUAUUGCUUUUAUCCUGUAAAUAUAACUUUAUUUUUAUUUAUUAUUUCAGCAUUUGUUAUGACAGUGUUACCGUUAUUGCUGUCUGUUACUGCACUUUAUACCUACAAGAUUUCCUGCUGUUUUUCCACUGAAAUAAAAACAUGCUGGAGAAUA